AUGACAGCAGCGGAGAGUUUGUAUUCAACGCUGGUCACUAACUGCAUCUUUAACGUUUUCUUGCUUUACACCGCUAUCGCGUUAAACAUCAUAACAAUACAAGCGCUGAGGAAAACGCCGUCGUUGCCAAGGACUUUGAAAACAUUGCUCUUGAGUUUGGCUGCUUCUGAUCUCGGUGUUGGUUUACUCGCCCACCCUGUUUUUGUUGCACGUCUCAUUAUUCAAAUACGACAAAACACUAGCGAUAAUGCUUAUGAUACAGUAUUUGCCAUUUUCGCUGAUACACCUGUAAAUGCAACGUUUUUUAGUGUUGGCGCUAUAACUGUUGAUAGAUUCUUAGCCAUUCAUCUUCAUCUAAGAUACCAGGAACUUGUAACUCACAAGCGUGUUAUUGCUGUUGUGAUAUCUACUUGGGUUAUCAGCGCAUUUCUUUCUUUACUUUUCCCUGAAGUUGGUUGGGACUGGAUUCCAAACAGAGUUCCUGGGAUUAUGUUUGUAGCCAUCGACACUGUUUGUUUCAUAACUACAGGAUUUCUCCACUACAAGAUAUACGUAUCUGUAUGA